AUGGCAGACCCCGAGCUGCCAGGGGGCUCUGUGCCGAGCUGCACCCGCAGGUGGGUCAGCACCCCCUCGCUGUGCUGCCUGACAUACACUUUGCUAAGUGCAGCGCCCUGUCCCACCGGAGCCAGAGCCUGGGGCCCCUGCGGGAGCUGCUGGACCUUUUCCACCACGGGGUGUUUGGAGUCUGCUAUUGCUAUUGCGACAGGAAAGCUCCUCUCUCUGGCGGAACAACAGUUAGUUGAUUGCGCUCAGGCUUUUAACAACCACGGCUGCAGUGGGGGCCUGCCAAGCCAAGCCUUUGAAUACAUACUGUAUAACAAAGGGCUCAUGGGGGAGGACACCUACCCGUACCGGGCCAAGAAUGGCACGUGUAAGUUCCAGCCGGAGAAGGCUAUUGCGUUUGUCAAGGAUGUUAUCAAUAUCACGCAGUAUGACGAGGAUGGCAUGGUAGAAGCUGUGGGGAAGUACAACCCGGUGAGCUUUGCAUUUGAGGUGACGGGCAACUUCAUGUACUACAGAAAAGGAGUCUAUUCAAACCCACGAUGUGAGCACACUCCUGACAAGGUGAACCAUGCUGUCCUCGCUGUGGGGUAUGGAGAAGAAAAUGGGACUCCUUACUGGAUUGUGAAGAACUCCUGGGGCCCACUGUGGGGCAUGGAUGGGUACUUCCUUAUUGAACGUGGCAAGAAUAUGUGUGGUCUUGCUGCUUGUGCGUCUUACCCGGUUCCUCAGGUGUAAGAGGAGAGCGCAGGCUGGGGAAAGUGGGCAUAGGAAAAGGAAUGACUGAUUGCAUAUGAAUUUCUAAAUGCUAAAAUCAAGAAAGUGAGAACAAAAUGAAAUAACAGUCUGCAGAAAGUCGUCACCUGCGGGCAGAUUUGUCAGCUUGCACACAGCUUCCUGCAGUAGGAAGACCCGUGCCUCCUCUCCCCAGCCAAAAGCGAGCGUGCUCCUGUGCUGAGCGCCAGACUCCUGCCUUCUCCUCCGGGCUGCGGUGCGCGUGCGGCGUGCCUCGCUCGCCCUGUCCCAACCGAGGCCCUGCGCCUCUGCUGGGGGGGUGUCGGCAACAGGGGGGGCUGCUUGGACGGGGGAAAAGCCGUGCAGUUACGCAAUUUUAAGACACUGCCCCAAUGAAAGCUCACCCUUCCUGAAGGUGGCCAUUUCCCAAUCAACAGAUGUAACUUCUAGGGAUUUUUUAUUUUCUUUGAAGGCGAUUUUUCUUUUGAGAAAGAUGAGUGCUGCUAUUUGUAUGUUUUACCUGUUUUCAUUAAAUGUUUUUAGUAUUUUUUGUAUUAAAAAAUAGGGUAUUUUAAUGCAAGUAGAGAAUAAAUGGGUGAUUUUCUUUUAUGACUCAAUGAAGCAAGCAAGAAGCUUGUUGCUCCUAGUUUGUAAACACGCUAUGGUGAGAGAAGGCCGUGCGUCAGUAGGGGGCACUUCUGUCGGGUGUUACUUCACGCUAAAAUCCGCCACUGACGGAAUAAAGAUGACUUGUCCCCAG